AUGAUAUAUAAUAAACAAAAACUUUUAAUAAAUACACGUCAAUAUAAACGUUACAAUAUUACAAAUAAACAAAAUCAAAAUAUUAAUGAAUAUAGUAAGUGCAGAAAAUAAAAAAUAACAGGAAAUAAAAUAUAUUUUUAAGUGUAAUCUAAUCUAUGAAUGUGAUCGAAAAUGUAAUAAUCUUUAUUUACUGCCAACAUUAAUUUCUCAAUAUCUAUUCAUUAAAUUAUCGACAUUAUCGCGUACGUGACCAUUAUGAAUCGUAUCUUUGAUAAAGCUAUCUUUUGCAGUUACGUACUGUCUUGUUCACAAAUAUCGUCCCCCUGAUCGUAAAAAUCGUCAAAUGUAAAAUUGAAAUGAUUCUAAUAAUAGAAAAUUUUUUAUUCUAGUUUAUGUAAAUCGUGUAACUAUUUCAGUGUUUUAAGAAAAAAAAUUGGAAAAAUGAGAAAUUUUUAAAUAUGCAAUGUUUAAUUAUUUUUAUAAUUUAUUAAUUAAUUUUUUAAUAAUCCAUUUUUUUAAUGAUUUUUUUGUGUAUGCUGCAAAAUUUCAUCAUACGUACGAUAAAAUGUUUUGAAACAUGAAGAGUAUUGAUGCAAAUUAAAUUAAAAAUACAAAUUGCAUUUCUAUCGUAUAAAAAAUUAAAUUACACAAUUAUUUUAUUUAUUUAGUUUAUUUUAUUUUAUUGUAAAUAAAAAAAAAUUCGUAUCAAAAUCAUAUUUUCAAAAAUAGUGCGCUUACUUAUUAACCUUAAUACUUAAUACCUUAAUACUUAAUAAUACCUUAAUACCUUAAUAAUACCUUAAUACUAACCUUACUUAUACACGUAACUCGACCAUUUUCAUAGUUAAAAAAAAUUAAUGUAAAAAAAGAUGUAAGAAAAAUAAAAAAAGAAAAUUCUCGUAUUAAACAAUAAUUUAUUCACGUCGCAAAUGACGAAAAAAAAUAAUAUAAAAUAAUAAUAAUGAUAAAAUAUUUCGUAGAAUCAUAAAUAUCGAAUAUCUAAAGUUGAAAUCCCUAGUUUCAAAUGUAUACAUUGUAUGUUUUUAUGAUAAUAUUUAAUAUUAUUUAUAAUAACACAAUUUACUGUAAUUAGUAUAUGUGACAGUAUGCAAUAUUAUGAUCUAUGAUUUAGGAUGUAGCUACGACUUUUGGAAAUAAUACAUAUUGGUACAUUAAACGUUCAAAUUCGUUUCCAAAGUAAUAACUGUCCAGAGAAUUAUCGACUAGUAUGUAUACAUAUUCGUAGACAUUAAAAUUUGUCGAUGAUUUCUUAUUUGUUUAAACAAUAAACAACUCUGAAUUAUAUUUUGAUUAUUAAUUGAAUGUCGUGUUACAAAAACGAGAAAGAACUAUAAUUGGACCUACAUGUAUGGGAAAAGUCACUGUAAAGGAAUUUUUGAAGUAAAAAGAUAAGGAAUUUGUGAGUCAGCCAUUCAGUUGUGCUAUGGUUGAGCGCAGAAUAAAUCUGACUUCUUAAAACCUAAAAAUUGCUCAAUUUUGAUAUCAAGAAGAUUACUUGAAAUAAAAUAUUUGGAAGAAUAGUUUAUUAACUUACUAGGUAAUAUUAAUGACUUUUUCAACGGUAUGAACUCCAUUUUGCAAGAGACAGGUAGUACUUUUACUUCACAGACAUAAUAUCCAACUGAUAAUUUUUUGCAAUAACGUUCUUUGGUAAUAUAUAUUUAUAUUUUACCAAUUUGAACACGAGUAUAGUAUUCAUAAUUUUUAUAAUUUUUAAGUAAUAUGAAGACAAAGAAAUUAUAUAUAGAGCUAUUGUUUGUAGGAAAAUGUCUAAUGUUAGUAAUUUGGAACAACAAAUUGCAAAUUUGCAAAUUAAUCAUGAGGAUGGCGUUAAAACCACUAAGUCUGGAAAGAAAGUAGGACCAGCUGUACCUCCCAAACCAAAAAAAUCACAACCACAGAUACCACAAAGUUAUAUUAUAAAGGCUGCUUCUGUGCCAUUAUAUAGUACAGUACUUAAUAAUUCUGGCCAAAAUGAAAAAUCAUCAAAUUUGUACGUGAAUUCUCCUUUACCAUAUAUGCCACUGAACAUAGAGAAAAAUGAUUUUUCAUUAUCAUCUACCUUAAAUGGAAAAAAUGUUCCUAAAAGCUAUCAAAAUGAAAAUUUUUAUGUGCAUCAAUCGGAUGAAAAAUUUGAGCCAAAAUAUAGAUAUGGUGAAAAGAAUCACUAUUCAAAUAUUGGAAAUAUAUCUGCUUCUCAAAUCCCAGUUGAAGAUCAUUCAAGAACAACACAGAAUAUUGUAUACAGCAAUAUAGAUUCUCCAAUAUCUAUACCAGUUAAUAAGACAGCUAAAACUGAAAAAGAUAUUAUCUACAGCAAUAUUCAAUGGAAUUCUAAACCAGAAAAUACAUAUUCUAAUAUUCCUACUGUACACAAUAAUGAUGACUUACCACCACCGCCAGAACCUUCAGAAUAUGUUCCAUGUGUAUUAGGUAAUUCUUUUCCACCACCGCCGGAAGAAUUACCGCCUCCGCCAAGUCCUGUGUCAUCCAGUUAUAGCGAACUAAGACGCGCUACUUAUCAAACUGAUUUUCCAUCUGAUAAUUAUCCAAAUGAUAUUUAUGGACCAAGUUCACAAUCUAGUUCUACAUAUGAAUCUAUAUAUGAACCAAUUAAUCCUAGACCACCUUCACAAUUAUCUUGCAAUUAUUCCAUGUAUUCUGGUUAUGGCUCUGCUACAUCUACUCAACCUCAAGGAAAAGUCUCUCCAGUUAAGGAAGUGGAUGUUCUAACUGAUCUGUUAGUUCAAGGAAUGGAGGAUAAUGCAGAAGAUAUAUAUGGAAUUUGUGCUCAUUGUGGUCGUAAAGUUGAAGGCGAAGGUACCGGUUGUUCCGCGAUGGAUAAAGUAUUCCAUAUUGACUGCUUUUGUUGUUAUGUGUGCAAAGUUAAUCUACAGGGUAAACCCUUCUAUUCACUGGAGAAUAAACCUUAUUGCGAGGAAGAUUACUUAAAUACUUUAGAAAAAUGCUGUGUUUGUACUAGACCAAUAUUGGAUAGAAUAUUAAGAGCUACAGGAAAACCUUAUCAUCCGUCCUGUUUUACAUGCGUUGUUUGUGGACAAAGUUUGGAUGGUAUACCAUUUACAGUAGAUGCUACAAAUCAGAUUCAUUGCAUAGAAUGUUUUCACAAAAAAUUUGCACCACGUUGUUGUGUUUGUAAGUUACCGAUUAUGCCAGAACCAGGACAAGACGAAACUGUGCGUGUUGUAGCACUAGAUCGUAGUUUCCACAUUCAGUGUUACAAAUGCGAAGAUUGUGGAUUAGUUUUAUCCUCUGAUUCUGAGGGACGUGGCUGCUAUCCUUUAGAUGAUCAUGUAUUAUGCAAAAGUUGUAAUGCUACUCGCGUGCAAGCAUUAACAUCACAUAUGACAACUGAAUUAUAA